UGGAGUUCUUUUUUGAGUUACCAAUCAUGGCGAAUGUGGCGAUUCUUGAGCUCAGUAGAAACUGUGCCAAGACAGUGGAAGAGAUAGUAAAAUUAGAAAGAAAGAUCUUUCCAAAACACGAAUCACUAGCUUCAUUCUUUCACGAUGAACUGAAAAAGAAGAACAGUGGAUUGCUUUAUCUUCACGUGGAUGGCGAGCUUGCAGGCUACGUCAUGUAUUCUUGGCCUUCUUCCCUGUACGCCUCCAUCACCAAGCUCGCAGUGAAGGAGCAAUAUAGGGGACAAGGCCACGGAGAGACUCUGUUGAAAGCAGCAGUUGAGAAAUGCAGGACAAGAAAAGUUUCGCGCAUAAUGCUUCAUGUGGAUCCCUUGAGGACUCCUGCAGUGAAUCUUUACAAGAAAUAUGGUUUCCUAGUUGACACUUUGAUUCAAGGCUACUACUCCUCAGACAGAGAUGCUUAUAGAAUGUACCGGGACUUUGAUUCAAGUUAAAGGAAAAACUGAAUAAACAUUUUAUGUACCAUCUACAAUUCACUCCAAGUGAUUUAAUUAAAAGAACAAAAUUUGUAAUGAUGAUUUUUAUUUAAGCACUUGUGAAAGACAAAAAUUCAAUAAAGAGGGGUUCGUGGUUUCACUUGUGUAUUCCAACCUGAGAAUGAAUGUCUAUGCUGUGUAUUUGUCUGUCC